AUGGCCAAAACGGCGGAGAACAUCGAGGCACUGUUUCAGAAGUACGAUGUGAACAAGGACGGCUCCAUCUCUGCACAAGGGCUGCUGAACCUGGCGAAGGACAUGGGCCUUCCCUGGAGCAACAAGCUAGUCAACGCUAUGAUCAGGGAGCGCCAACUGCACGCUGAUGUGAAGAUGGAUUUGGACACCUUUCCUAGAGUUGUAAAAGCUUUGGAAGAAAUAAAGAAGGCUUUAUACAACCCACAGGAAACCCAUGAGGCCAUGGUGGCGACGUUCAAUUAUAUAGACAAGAACGGGGACGGUUUCCUGAGCACGGAUGAGUUGAAGGCAGGCAUGGCCAGCGUCGUCGGCAUGGAGCUGUCGAGCGAGGCUAUCGCAGAGCUGAUCCGACUCGCCGAUUAUAACAUGGACGGACAAAUAGACAUCGCGGAGUUUGUGAAGAUGGUCACAAGUUUCUUCUGA